AUGUUCGCGCACGUCGGUCUUGCUCGCGCAGCUGCACGCGCCAGCUCGACGUCUCUCUCGUCACGGGCGUGCUUGCGGUGUCAGCCCGUCUGGCGCCGGUACGCCUCGGCGGCUGCUGGACCUCAGUGGUUCACAGAGACAGAGGAAAACAAUGCCCAGGUCCUCGACGCUGCCAAGGUCAAGGUGGACGAGUGUAAUGCUGCUCGUGGACAUGUGGUUGAGCCCGGAGACGAUAUUGCAGACCAGCGAGCGCGGUCCAAGAUCAUCAAAGAGUGGUCUGGCCUGACCGAUGCGUAUGAAAAGUACAGCGGCAUUCGCAAGGCUCUGGUGGACGUGCAGCCACACCUCUCCGACCCGGACGCGUCCCUGCGCGAGCUGUUCGAGAUGGAGCGCGACGACCUGCUCGUGCAGCUUGACGAGGCGCUCGCCGCCCUCCCGGCCCUCCUCCUGCCGCAAAGCGAGAGCGCAAGUCUGCCCGCCAUGCUCUCGCUCAAUGCCGGCGUAGGCGGUUCCGAGUCGGGCCUGUUCGCCGAAGAGCUGGCCCGCAUGUACACGCGCUUCGGCGAGCGCCGGGGUUGGAAGAGCGAGGUCAUCUCGCAGACCGAAGGACCCGUGGCCAAGGGCGGCGGUGGGCUGCGCGAGGUCACGAUCAAGUUUGAGCCCCCACCGUUCACCGAGGACGAGCAAGUGUUCGGGCUGUUGAAGUGGGAACGUGGCGUGCACCGCGUCCAGCGCGUGCCGAUUACGGAGCAGCAGGGCCGCGUGCACACGAGCACUGUCGCCUGUGUCGUCCUCCCCAUUUACCCCGACACGGCCGACGCACCGCUCGUGGACCCCAAGGACGUCAAGUCGGAAGUGAUGCGCUCGCGCGGCGCCGGUGGCCAGCACGUCAACAAGACCGAGUCGGCCGUGCGCCUCACCCACCUCCCGACAGGUAUCAGCGUGUCCAUGCAGGACUCGCGCUCGCAGCACCAGAACCGUGCAUGGGCAUGGGACAUCCUCCGCGCGCGUCUGAGUGAGCGCAAGCGGCAAGCAGAGGUCGAGGCCAAGCGUGCGAGCAGGCAGAGCCAGGUGGCCAGUGCCGGACGCAGUGACAAGGUCCGCACCUACAACUUUCCCCAGGACCGCCUUACGGACCACCGUAUCGGCCUGUCCCUCACUGGUCUGAAGGAGAUCAUGGACGGCGCAGGCCUCGAGCACGUCGUCAACGCGCUCAACGAGGACCUCGACACCCGUCGUCUGGAGAGCAUCCUCGCAGGCGAGGGCGACUUUGACGAGUAG